UUGGUUUCUGCACUCACUUGGCUCUAGGUUAGAAGCUAUGUUAAGCGAAAUGUCUUUGAGCACAUGAAUUCAUGCAAAAUUCUUCAAAAUGUUCUCUGUAGCGACACGCUGAGCGUUCAACGAGAGGAUUUUCGUGCUCUUUACACACAGCUGAGCGCUAGUCAUUGAUUUACCAGAGCUGCUCACCCUUAAAAGGGCAACAGUUCCAGCGAGUGGGCCCCGCAAACACUAAUUCAAGGUCAAGUUUUAUUUGAGUGUCACCUGUCAGUGUGAUGCCAUCCUCUAAAGAUGCUGUGCGCAGUCAGCGGCGUAGGGAGUUGGAUGCGCGCAGGAGUAAGUCUCGCGUGCGGCUAGGCUCGUGCCUUCAGAGCUGGGUUCAGCUGAAAGAGAAACUGGGCUUCUCUCUGCACUCAGAGCUGGCUCAGCAUCUGCUCGAGAGCUACUUCUCAAGAGUUUGUUUCAAAUGCUCAGGUGGUAGAAAAGGAGAGAUCAAAAACACCCUGCCAACUACCACAGAAUCUUUGCAGGAGCUUAUCCUGUUGAUCCACAACCAUGGACAAAAGUGCCCUCUUCUUCCUGUCCUGCAGUCCAGGACCAUCACAAACAGAGCAGGACAAGAUCAGAGCACUCACAGAACAGGGAGGCGAGAGAAACAGGUCAAAACUGAGCCUAAGGAUGCCAGUCAAUCAUCUGAAAUGGAGAUCUGUCUGAAAUGCACCUGUGAAGGCGGCCAUCACUUUUUAUGGUCACCUACCAAAAGAGAGUUUGAGAAGAAGGGAACAAAUUCUGAAAAUAAGAAAAAUGGCAACAGCAGAGAUGUGACUCCCUCCAGUCCAAAGAGUCCUGGAAAACGAGGCAGAAAGCGUUUGAAGGAGCCAGUCACAGAGACAGUGAGACAAGAGUUGGUCACCUGUGUAAAAACCAGGCGAUGGCAAGGAGAAAAAUCUGCCAUUACCCUGAAUCAAUCAGGACAGAAAAGUGAUGCUAGUACUGCAAUCUCUGGAGACAACACAAAUUCAGGUGUUACAGUAACUGAGACUGCACAGGAUGCUGUUCCACAGGAAGGAAGUGAUGUUUCAGCCUUGUCAUCUCCAGAGCUUGAAUCACCAGCUGACAGUCCUGAGAUGGCCACAGAUGAUCUUGACAGUGUAUGCAUUGAAAACCAGAGCCCUUCUGAUAUAGUUAGCAGUGAGGAAGUUGCAGUGUUGAAUUUAACCAACAGAGGGACCCAGGAGAGAGUAGAUCAGACUGAAAAACACAAUGUCAACAAAAGGGCUGGCGCACUUCAAAAUAACAACCCACAAUCUUUGAAAGAUGACAUUUCUAAGAUUGGUGGCAAAAGAAAAAGAAAAAUAACACCCAAAGUCAUUUUGCCUUGUGAGUAUGAGGGCUGCGAUAAGAUUUUCUCCAGUCGGCAAUAUCUAAAUCAUCACGUCAAGUACCAGCACCUCCAGCAGAAGACUUUCUCCUGCUCGCACCCUACAUGUAACAAGUCGUUUAACUUUAAGAAGCAUCUGAAAGAGCAUGAAAAAUUGCACACCAACCAGAGAGACUAUAUCUGUGAGUUCUGUGCCCGGGCAUUCCGAACCAGCAGUAACCUGAUUAUCCAUCGCAGGAUACACACCGGAGAGAAACCGCUGCAGUGUGAGGUGUGUGGAUUUACCUGUCGUCAAAAAGCCUCUCUGAACUGGCACAUGCGUAAACACAAUGCUGAGAGCACCUACCAGUUCCCCUGUGAGAUCUGUGGACGUCGAUUUGAAAAGAGAGACAAUGUCACAGCUCACCGCAGCAAGAGCCAUCUGGACCAUAAUGCAUCAACCCCUGAAACUCAGCCUUUUCUCUUUCCUCCCUCAAACUCAGUCCCACAUCCCUUGCGGCAGCAUGGAUCCUCCCCUGCUGCUUCCAUGGACCAUGCCGAUCUUGUAUAAAAUUUGUUUUGUUUUGACAUACAAAAUAGUUGCCUGUGCUUAGGAGCACAAAAUGUACAGAGUGGAUAAUCAUGUGGGUUUUUUCAGUAAACAAACUGAGAAAUCUUCAGUGCUCAAAAGCCCAUGUGAUGGGUAUUUUAGGACUGAAAACUCAUUUUGGGGGUUUAAACUAUUUAUAAUUCAUGUGUUACCAUUAGGCAGAGGCUGGGCUCCUCUAAAACUGACCUAAAUUAGCAUAUUAGGCCAAUCUAUUAAUUCAUUGUCAUUCAUUCAUCACACAUGGGUUGUUACACAUUAGUUCUGGGGAACAUUGUAGUUAAUAAGUACUUUCAGUAAAAGUGGAGAAUUACACUCACUGAGCACUUUAUUAGGAAGACCUUUACACCUACUUAUUAAUGCAAUUAUCUAAUCAGCCAAUCAUGUGGCAGUAGUGCAGUGCAUAAAAUCAUGCAGAUAUGGGUCAGGAGCUUCAGUUAAUGUUCACAUCAACCAUCAGAAUGGGGAAACUACUUCAUUCCCUUACCAAAGUUUUAACAGUGGUAUUUGUAACAAGACCAUAGUAAGCACAUGGAAGCAUAGAUCUUCACUACCGUGGUUAGAUGUAACACAAUUUCUGCAAAACAAACAAUGUCAUUUUUGUAAUUACAAACAGUAGGCCUACUCUAAACAUGUAAAAACAAUAAAUACAAAAUAUACUGUAAACAUUUAAAAGUUGUAACAAAAAUGUAUUAUAUUCUCUCACUCCCUUAAUGUAGCAUAUGACAAAUUGAAUAGAGCUGAAGUAGUGAUAUGAUAAUAUGUAUUAUGAAUCUAUUUCUGCCUAAAGUACAAUUAGUAUUACUAUAGUAUAUUCAAGGGUAGUCAUGAAGAAUUCUGUGCCGAAUUCAAAUGGUUUCCGCGACUCUUGACGUGCUUCUCACUGGUUCUCGCAGUGUUGCAAUGACCAGAGGUGCGCGCUUAAGAGCUUGAGACUGGUCUGUGGGUAAAACGCACCUGCUUUGCGCUCGCGCUGCUCUGUCCAUUGAGCCGUAUCAAUCUACAGAGCCAUACAAAUGCAUUAGCGGAGGCUGUGACUUCGCCUGUCUAUUUGACGCUGCUAAACCAGAUACUACAGAUGCGUCACUAGACUUCAAAAUCAGAUGAACCGCCAUACAAAUGCAUGCCAACCCGUAUAAUGGAGUCUAGAUAAACAUUUUAAUGCAAACAGGAACUUGAUGAUAGAUUUGAUAAACGGACUGAUAAACGCCCCCCAUUUGUAACCUAACGCCCCCCCUCUUUACUAAUUUGCUGUCUGCACCCCCUGGUAUUCUUUGAACACCAACUGGGGAGCGGUACCGCCCCUGUUGAGAACCCCUGUUUUAGAGUUUACUCAGAAUGGUGCCAAAAACAAAAAUCAUCCAGUGAACAGCAGUUCUGCGGACAGAAACACCUUGUUGAGAGAGGUCAACGGAGAAUGGCCAGACUGGUUCAAGCUGACAGAAAGGCUACAGUAACUCAGAUAACCACUCUGUACCAUUGUAGUGAGCAGAAUAGCAUCUCAGAAUGCACAGCAUGUCGAACCUUGAGGCAGAUGGGCUAUAACAGCAGAAGACCACAUCGGGCACUAAGACCAUAGUGUUCCUAGUAAAGUUCUCAGUGAGUGUAUAUCUUAUGGUCAAUAUGUUAUUAAUUGUUAAUGAAAUUGUUUUCAUACAUAAUGUUUGGAGAUAAAUGUUAAUAAGACUAAACUUGAGAGUUGUAUCCAGUCAUGUGUGAUCAUUUUCUUUUUUUAUAUAAAUUAUAUAGAUAUAUUGUUUCUUAAAAAUUCUUAAUUUCUAUUAUCUAUGAUAUACCUCCUAAAUUAAAUUUUUUGGGAAAUAUUUGCAGGGCAUGUUGCAUGUUUUGCAAUAUGUUGAAUGCGUAAUCUUUGUGGUGAUUUGUACAGUGGGUUGUCUUUGUAUCAAAAGCUUUUUCAAUAUUUAAUCAUGUGCAGGGUCCAAUUUUUGGAAGGUUAAAAGGCAGACUUGAAGUUUAUAAUUUUAUAAAAGCACUUACAUUAAGUGUUCUGUCAAAACUCGUGUAUUAUUUUAGCUGAAAAUCUGUUUAAAAUAUAAUUUUUACAGUCAUUUUAGGUUUUGUGGAUAUUACGCCGCCAUGGCAAUGAAGUUGUAAGAUUGGCUAUAACUUUACCCAGAAAAGAUUAGUAAGUGAUUUUAUCACACAAAUCAUGUUUACACACAGUUUGUUUUUGUCAUGUGGCUAUACUUUUUAAAAAAGUAUUUAAUUUUUUUUAAAUGACCCAAUUCACUUCCAUUGUGAGUGCGUCACUGCAAAAAUGACAUUUUCACUAGUUGUAAUUCAUUUGUUGUUAUCAGGAAUGGAUAGGCUAUUUGUACUAAUAACAAUGUAGUUAUUGAUCUAAAAUAUAUACACAACUGGUCAAAAGUUUUGAAACACUUGACUGAAAAGUUUCUCAUGAUCUUAAAAAUCUUUUGAUCUGAAGGCGUAUGCUUAAAUGUUUGAAAUUAGUUUUGUAGACAAAAAUAUAAUUGUGCCACCAAAUUAAUUUAUUUCAUUAUAAAACAAAAAUGUAAUGAAAAAAAAAAACUUUUUUGAAAUUGAUGACUUGGACCAAAUAAUAAAGAAAAGCAGCCAAUAAGUGCCCAACAUAGAUGGGAACUCCUUCAAUACUGUUUAAAAAGCAUCCCAGGGUGAUACCUCAAGAAGUUGGUUGAGAAAAUGUCAAGAGUACAUGUCUGCAAAUUCUAGGCAAAGGGUGACUACUUUGAAGAUGCUAAAAUAUAACACAGUUUUGAUUUAUUUUGGAUUUUGUUUAGUCACAACAUAAUUCCCAUAGUUCCAUUUAUGUUAUUCCAUAGUGUUAAUGACUUUACUAUUAUUCUAAAAUGUGAAAAUAAUAAUAAUAAUUAUUAUAAUAAAGAAUGAGUAAGUGUUUCAAAACUUUUGACCGGUAGUGUGUGUGUGUGUGUUUACUAGUGAGAUGUACAAAGCUGAUUUGUGAAACUGGAAUUUAAACUAGAAAGAAAUUAAUUAUAGAUCUGUAAUUGUGUUUGAGUGAAUGACAGAUCAUUGUGGAAUUUUAUUAGUGAAAUGAAGUUACAGAUAUCAUAAAUAGUUUUUUACUAGAUGAAAUUCCAUUUUUGAUAUCAAGAAUGUGUAUUUCCUUGAGUAAUUACGUCAUAUUUUUUAAUGAAGGAUUAACGUUGUUACUAGUGCAAAUGUAAUAGUAUUAAUUCCAUUGUUGAUAUUAAGAAUGAGCAUUUUGACUAGUGAAAAUCUAAAUUUCGAUAUCUAUAAUUCAUAACCUGUAAGUGAUUAAAUGUCGAAAGGGCUUGCGAUAGUCUUUUGUGUUUCGAUAAAGACCUGGAUUUGCAUACGCUACAAUUAGUCGAACUCAAGAGUUCCCGCCUUUUCUACAGACAUGUGUUGAAUGGCAAGCUGUUCAUCCAAUGAUCCCAGUCCAUAAGAGGUGUGCGUCGCCUCUUGAAUUGUAUCCAGUAUACCAUUGGCUCAGA